AUGAUCUUCCUGCUGUGUCACAGCGGCUCUCACGUUUCCGCUCUUAGAACAAAGGAGGUCGAUCGAGCCGUCAACGGCAUCUCGCAACACCCGGCGUACCAAGGCCUCCACAAAUUCGUCGACGACUAUCUGAAGUCGAAGAUCCCUCUAACGGACAUAACCAUCUUGCUUCCGGCGAACAUUGCGGCGCUUCAGAGCUACACCAAGGACCAGCAGUCGACGAUUCUCUCUUAUAACACGAUCGCUACGCGAUACCUCUUCCGCAACCUCACCGAUAUCCCCCCCGGCACCCAGAUCGACACUAUCGAGGGAAACCUUGUCGCGAAGCGCGGUCCCAAGGGCCGGCCAAUCGUCACGUUUCAAGGUGGGUCGAAGCUGCCGACAGCUCUGGUCGUGCCGAACCUGUGGGUAGGUUCGGACUUCACCAUCCAGGGUACGAGCACGCUGCUCAUCCCGCCGGACCUGAUCCCCGCAGCGAGCACCACGAGUCUCCGCGGGGGAAUCGGACGCGCUAUUGGCGGGACCGUUAGAGACACUGUUCGUGGAACCAUCAACGGUGUUGGCUCAUUUUUCAGGCCUUCUCCACGUCCGUAG